UCGAGAAAGCGCAAAAAUCAACGUUAAGUGGCCGUGUUCUACCAUUGUCUAAUCCUGGAAUGUACGGUGGGAACCAGCGGCCAUACUAAAUUGCAGAGUGUUGGGGGUUUCAUGCAAUCCAUUCUCUCUUUUUCUUUCCUUUUUUUUUUGUAUGUUUCUCUCUCUGACUUUUCAGAUUUUGUAUUUGUUUAUUUUGAUAUCCAAAUUUGAUACUUUUGUUGACUGCCAUUCUCUUUACAAGGCACUGCACAACUAUACUUAACGUAGCUUGUGAGGGUUGAGCUGCAUAGAAUUAACGCUAUAGUGGUAUACUCAUUUCUUCUCUCUCUGUGAGCAAAGUGAGGAACAGUGGAACAAAACACAGAGAUGAGAAGCUUUUGCGGUCAUCUUCUGCUUAAUAUUUCCCUCAUUCUUCUACUAUUCUCUGCCAGCAGCAAUGGUUACAGUGAUCUUGAAGUUCUGUUGAAGCUCAAGUCUUCCAUGAUUGGACCGAAAGGUUCAGGACUAGAGGACUGGGAAUUCUCCUCGUCUCCCUCUGCGCAUUGUCACUUCUCUGGUGUUAAAUGCGAUGUGGAACUCCGUGUUGUUUCUCUGAAUGCGUCGUUUGCUCCUCUCUCUGGCACCAUACCACCGGAGAUAGGGCUUCUGAACAAGCUCGUCAACCUUACUAUUGCUGCUGCUAAUCUUACAGGGAGGAUUCCGCUGGAGAUGGGGAAUUUGACUUCUCUCAAGAUAUUCAACAUCUCCAACAAUCUUUUCAAAGGCAGUUUCCCUGGAGAAAUUCUUUCAGGUAUGACUCAGCUUGAGAUUCUUGAUGCUUAUAACAAUAACUUUACGGGUCUUCUUCCCAUUGAGGUCGCGAACCUGAAGAAUAUAAAGCAUCUAUGUUUGGGAGGCAACUUUUUCACCGGAGAGAUACCAGAGAAGUACUCUGACAUCCAGAGCUUGGAAUACUUGGGACUAAACGGCAUCGGUUUAACAGGGAAAAGUCCUGCGUUUUUGGCUCGUUUGAAAAACUUGAAAGAAAUGUACAUUGGAUAUUUCAACGCCUAUGUUGGAGAAGUUCCACCUGAGUUCGGAACAUUGAGUCAACUCCAAGUUCUCGACAUAGCAAGCUGCAACUUAACCGGUGAGAUUCCUGUGAGUUUGAGCAAUUUGAAGCACUUGCACACAUUGUUCCUUCAACUGAACCGCCUUACAGGACGUAUUCCAUCCGAACUCUCUGGUUUAAUCAGCUUGAAAUCGCUUGAUCUUUCAAUAAAUGAACUAACAGGGGAGAUACCAGAGAGUUUCUCUGCCUUGCAGAACAUUACACUCAUAAAUUUGUUCAAAAAUAAUCUCUACGGUCCAAUCCCGUCUUUCGUUGGUGAUUUUCCUCAUCUCGAAGUGCUUCAAGUGUGGGGAAACAACUUCACGCGUGAGUUACCAGAGAAUCUCGGCCGUAACGGGAAGCUUUUCAAGCUUGACGUUACUUCGAAUCACCUCACUGGGUUGAUUCCACGGCAUUUGUGUGAGGGAGGGAGGUUGGAGACGUUGAUUCUGAUGGAUAAUUUCUUCUUUGGUCCACUCCCUGAAGAACUCGGUAACUGCAAGUCUCUUACCAAGAUUCGUAUCAUGAAAAACCUUCUCAAUGGAACAAUUCCAGCUGGAAUUUUCAACUUGCCCUUGCUGAGUAUUGUCGAGUUGAACGACAAUUUCUUCUCUGGUGAACUCCCAACCCAGAUGUCAGGUGCUUCGCUUGGUCAGUUAAAAGUUUCAAACAAUUGGAUCACUGGUAAAAUCCCUCCAGCAAUCGGCAAUUUGCGUAAUUUGCAGGUCUUGUCUCUAGAAAUGAACAAAUUUUCGGGUGAAAUUCCUGAGGAAAUCUUCAAUAUCAAGUUACUUUCAAAGAUAAACAUCAGUGACAACAGUAUUAUUGGUGAAAUUCCUCCUUCGAUUUCUCGGUGUGCGUCACUUACUUCAAUUGAUUUCAGUCAGAACAGUCUCGCUGGUGAAAUUCCAAAAAGAAUUGAAAAGUUGAAAGAUUUAAGCAUCCUCAAUUUUUCAAGAAACCAGCUAACUGGUGAAAUCCCUGGUGAAAUCCGAUACAUGAUAAGUCUCACAACUCUUGAUCUCUCGUAUAAUAACUUCGUCGGCAGAAUCCCCGGUGGUGGCCAAUUUUCAGUCUUCAACGACACUUCGUUUACUGGAAACCCCAACCUCUGUCCCCCGCGCCACGUUACUUGUCCAGCUCUGAUAAACCAAGCUAAAGGUUCAGGUCAUGGCCAGGCAGCGUCUUUCACUGCUUCAAAGCUCAUAAUCACGAUAAUCACGUCAGUCACUGCUUUGUUAUUGAUAGUUGUCACGGUUUACAGAAUGCGAAAGAAGAGGCUU